UAUGCUUCUGUCAGUUCUUGGCAUUAUAGCUUAUAAAUCCCAUUUAGUACAGAAUAACAUAUGAUGUUCGUUAUAUCAGACGGUAUCAACGGUAUCAACUGCUUGUUCUUUUGGCGAAACGAAAGCAAAUUAUACUUCAAUAUGCAGAAUACGGAUGACACCAACAUAGAGUGUACUCUAUCGUUCCAUUUCAGCCUUAAGAAUAUUGAUUUUCCCCUAACAUAUUCAGCACUGUGCCGUUAAUAAACAAUGAUGAUAGUGAUACAAUAGAGGUUAUGAUUUACGUGACAAUUCGGCUAUGCUGCCUGAAGUUACGUAGUCUACCCGAAUACAUCUCGAACUGAAUGGCCUAAACCAGUACAUAUUACUGAUCUUACUGAUGAUAAUAUUAUUGUGAGCCGCAAUUCAAAACAAGAAGGUUAUGAUGGACUGAAGAAAGUAAACUUCCCAGUGCAUCUAAGCAGUACACUUUGAAAUCAUGGGCAUAUGUGGAGGUGAAUCUCUUAAACUUUAGAGUGUGACUUGAAGUCCAGUUUUGCAUGAUGAUGGGUGACGUGGUUGCUUUCUGGGAUGUCCCACUCAGUGAUGGAAUUCAUCACAUUGAAUUUGAGCAUGGAACCACAUCAGGGAAGAGAAUAAUCAGAGUGAAUGGCAAGGAGGUGGUGCAUCGUGAUUGGAUGUUCAAGCUGGUUGGGGAUGAGCUAUUCAGUGUGGGCAGUGCCCGCUGUCUCAUAAAGGUUGAACCUGUUGGAGGUUUCUCAUACUCCUACUCCCUUGAGGUGAAUGGAAAGAGUUAUCAAAGAUUUACUGAAAUACAAAGUAAAGCAAUAAAGACCUGGAUUGUCCAUGUCAGAAAUGAGACAUUUCGAGUUGUUCUGGAAAAAGAUACAUUAGAUGUGUGGGCCAAUGGAAAGAAACUUGAAGUAAUGGGUGAAUUUGUUGAGGAUGGCACUGAGACACACUUCACACUGGGGGAUCUGCCUGCUUACAUCAAGGCAGUGACAAGCGGAAAGCGUCGUGAGGGCAUCAUUCACAGUCUUAUAGUGAAUAACACGAUAAUACCUGAAUCAGAUGAGCGAUAGAGAACAAAUUUGAAUGUGGAACUUUUUUGAGGUCUGACUUUUGCCUCACUGCACUUGCACCCCUCUGUUCUAAGUUCUUGAAGAACUCUGAAGGAUCUUCAUGGACCUCAAAAGUACUUCCUCACUUAGAAAUUCCUAGAAUAAUCCCUAUAUGAAGCAUAUCUUAAAAUACCAAGUUACACAUUUUUAACUUCUGUGUAUCCAAAGUCAUCACAGCAUCAAACUGCAGCUUGCAUUAUUCUUCUUUUAUGUGGAUGACCUUUUCCAAUUAAGGAAACAUCUUGUUUCCAUGCUUCUAAUUUCUUACUCUAACAGACUGCACUCAUCUCAAUCUGUUAAAGGUUAUAGGAUAUCUUUAAUUAACUAUGUACUUCCAGUCUGUUAUCUGACUGCCUGUCAAUGUUCCAGGUCUCAUUCUUGAUCUGUGUCUGACUAAAUCCUUAAUUCUUCCCCUUGAUGUCUCAAAGGAUAAAUUUUCAGCCUUGUUUCAUGCUACAUGUUAUGUUUACCCACAAUAUUUACAUUCUGUAAGGUUUUUACUCCUCUUAACCCCAAUUUCCAAGAAGGAACUGUUACUUUCAGUGUAAAUGACAUCAGAUUUUGUAAUGUAAGAUUUGAGGCUUUCACGGCGGUGACUAUGAAGAAAGCAGUCUUCUGGGCUUUGGCGCCGUGUAUA